AUGAAACUACUGAAAGACUUGAUAGUCAAUAGAAAGGAGCUUCAAAGUUGGUCGGACAAUUUGAGUUGGAGCCAUGACGGAAGCUUGUAUUUGACUACUUUGCCGCAAGUCACUGUGUGCAGGCCAGUCUAUCAUAAGGUUAUCGAGAGACAUAGUAAACAACUGUUUCACAUCGAAGAAGUUGUACUCGAUUUACGUAACAAAUUGAGAUAUGAGAUGCCACACCAGAAUUUCAUUCUAAACUCACAACCUGAUUCAUAUGUCAAGAAAUGUGUGCCAUCGCCUUUACGUGAUCUUUUGGCGGUUCUCACAAACAAUGGUAGUGUGUGCAUUUUCAAAGACCAUGUUUUUAUCUCUGAACUUGAUCAAUCGAAAGUGGGUAUUGAAUUGCGGACGUACCAUUCGAUGGCUUGGAGCCCUGAUGGUCAAUUCUUGGCGGCAGGAAAUGAAACAGGUCAAGUAGUCAUUUUCAAUAUUUCAAAGGGUCGUAGCGAGAUACGCGAAGCAGAAAUCAUUAUUAACCUUAAUUCAAACAAAACUGCUUGGGUGAUCAAAUUGAAGUGGGUGGGUGAAUAUCUUCUAUGUGUUUUGGAUGACAAUUCUAUAUAUGUGGUGAAGGACUCGAGCGUGAGGGCAACCAAAGAUUCGUCAAAAUUUGAGGUAAACGACGUUGAUAUCAUAAAUGAUACCCUUUUAGCAACAUGCUCUGGCUGUUUGCUAGCGAUUGACUUAAAGACACUAACUCCAGAGUCCAUCUCGCUAAAAUCUAAUGAGAUGUUCCAAAUAAUACCGUUGAGGAGGAGAAAUUGUGCCAUUUUACUGUCAAACAAAACAAGUUUUGUCUUUUCGUUAGAUGACAAGACUUUACAAGCGGAUACCAUUCUGUCACCUCAUAUCGAAGCCAAAUUCCAGAAGUGGAACGAUGUCUUUAAUGAAUUCAACAAAUAUGAGACAACUGUUUGCAUAUAUGGACUUGCAUUAUCGGCCGAUGAAGCUUGCCUAGCUCUUCUCUACACAAUGGAAAAUGUCUCAAUACGAUACCGGAUAGUGUCGGAGAAUCAAUACAGAAUCGCGUUCAUAUCUUUGUAUGAAGAUUGGACAAUAUCCAAAUUCACCACCGGAUUGGCUUGGUAUCAGAACUAUCACAUACAUGGUGAGAAACUUCCCACAAACCUCGAAGUGGAUAAAAAAUCAAAUCUACCAGACGUUAACAAACCGUUUGUUGAGUUUUUGAAAGAGUUGAAUGAGCGAGAGUCGAUGAAUGCAGAAAGGUUCAGAAAUUACUUGCAAGAUGACAAGACAAGUAAUCUGUUCAAAGAGGCGAUUUUCCAAUACGCAGUACAUCAUAAAGACGAGAUCACGAAUCCUCUCGACAAGGCUUGCGUCAUAUCCCUUGCGAAUUUCUUAUCUGAAAAACUAGACAUUGAGUGCGAUACAGUGGAAGUUAAGUCUCGAUUUAUAGCUGAAACGUUCGAUUUUAAGAACCAGCUCGAUCAUGAUCAUAUCACGUCCCAGGAGGGUCAUAAGUGGAGGCGCUGUUCCGCUACUUUCUUGCCACUCAUGACAACGCAAGUUAAGGUAUGUUCUGUUAGUCAAAAGAGAAUGAUUGACCUGAAUCGAGACAGCUUGAACGACUUCGGAUGGCUCACAAGGACAAUAUUAGAAGUUUUCGAUGAGUGUAGUAUAUACAGUGGAGUUAAACUCCUAGAGGUUUGA